UUCAGAUAAGAGACCCGGCCAAGCGAACAGGAACAGGAAGGAACCCAGAGAAUGAGAGCCGAGCAGAUGGGGGUCAGGGGGUUUCCACUGUAGAGGAAGAAAGUGGGGGAAAGGAGUGGGCGAGACGAGGCAGAGAGAGAGAGAGAGAGAGAGAGCGGAAACAGGUCUGUAUUCAAUGUAACAGAUGCAGAUCUCGCAGAUAAGAGGCUGAGAGAAGCGCAGAGUACGCCCGAGAGUACGGAUCCACAGAACUUAGACGAUACACCUUCAGAAACAUCAUCAGGCAGAUGUAGUUACAGAGCGAGCAAGAAAGUGUGCAUGCUGGGAUUUCAGUCAUAGAGACAAGAGGGACCACUGCGGAGUACGUUCGCGAAAGAAAAGAAAGUCCGAGCGGGAAGAAGCAGAGCAUCGAGCAUUAAAAGAGAAAUGAGCGGCAAUACCUCCUGCAGUGCUGGGGAAUUUUCUCAUAAAAACAGGUGCUGUAAAGGUUGCCCAAAAGGGCAGUAUGCCAGCGCGGCUUGUGAGGAAUCCCAGGAGACAAAAUGUCGCGGCUGUCCUCAUGGCCAUUUCACAGACGAGGUGAACCUCCUCGGCCAAUGUCGGGCUUGUACAAUUUGCCAUUCCAGCAGUCACAUGGUGAGUGCGGGGGAGUGCUCAGCCGUGCAUGACCGGCUGUGCAAAUGCCAAGAGGGUUUCUACUGCACUGGCAGUGUGUGUGAAUUAUGCCAACCUGUGAAAUUGUGUAAUCCCGGGUUCGGGGUCAAGACCUUACCUACUGCCAGAACGGACACGAAAUGCAUCGAGUGUGUUGGUGCAACUUACAACAACGUGACAGAUUCAAAGACAUCCUGCCUCAAACACACCAACUGUACAGCUCUUGGAAUGGAUGUCAAAGUUCAAGGAACAAAAUACAAGGAUGCUGUGUGCGCCCCUAAGUCUACGCACAAUAGUCACUGGAUCUUACCUGCAAGUCUAUGGAUUGGGCUAGUUUUGACUGUUGUCAUCAUAGGACUUUCCUAUCUUUAUUGGAGGAAUAAACGACGAUCACAGGCUACAGUGAACACAUCAGAGAUCAGAAUGAAUGCUAUCCUCCUGCAUCUCCCAAAAACUGGUUUGUCAGAUCCAGCACCAUGCAAAGACAGAUCACAUCAUUUCUGCAGUUUUCCCACUGCAGUUAAAACCCAUCCGAUGAAGAGCUUAGACUCGGACUUUGAUGGACGGAGAAUGCCAACAAAGAACAGUUUAGACCUUGAGUGUGAUGGACCCGGAUUGCCAAGAAAGAACAGUUUAGACCUUGACUGUGAUGGACCAGGAUUGCCAACACUCCCAUGUUUUGAAUGCCUGGAUGAAUCAGCUGCCAGAGGUGGCAAGACAGAAAAUAUCACCACCUCUACCAUUCAAUCAGAGCCCCAGGAAGACGAAUGGUCUGGGACAUGAUUCAUGGUGUUGUGGAUUUUUAUCAGAAAAAAAAAACCAAAAAAAAAAAACCUUUGUAAUAAAUAUGUGUACA